AUGGCGAACAACUCAGGACUUCUCAUGAUGGCCAAGGUAUUGGAGGCUCAAAAGCCUAAGGCGCACGAGAUGAAAGACGCUCCCGCAUUCUACCAGAACCUAGAGAAAGUCCUAGACAAGCGCCGCAUGGAUCAGACAAUGCUGACUUUGCUUCCUGCCCGCCCAGUGGUGGACUUCUCUUCCUGCGAUAUUUUGUCGCUGUCCAAGUCUGGUCUGCUUCGAAUGGCCUUUAUAGAAGAGCUGGAAAAAAACCCCGACUUUGUUCUGGGGAGCAGUGGCUCACGCCUCAUGGACGGAAACCAUGCGUAUGUCGAGGAACUUGAACAAGAGAUUGCAGAGUUCCACCGCGCGAAGACUGCUCUUUUCUUCGACAGCGGAUUCGAUGCUAAUACUGCCAUUUUCUCGGUGAUACCUCAGCCUGGAGACGUCAUUGUCUUUGAUGAACUCGUGCACGGCAGCAUCCACGAGGGGAUGCGGACUAGUCGUGCGACAACCCGUAGGUCUUUCCAGCAUAACAGUCUAAAGUCCUUUGGUGAGGUUCUUACUCAUUUCCAUGGGACUCUGCCGCCUAUAUCUUCUGGAAAAUCCACGGUUCUUGUGUCCAUUGAAUCGGUGUAUAGUAUGGACGGAGAUGUUGCCCCAGUGGAAGAUCUGCUCCAGGCUGCGAAAGAUAUCCUUCCUCUUGGAAACUUCCAGUUCUUCAUUGAUGAAGCGCAUAGUACUGGGUUAAUGGGACCUCAAGGCAGAGGCCUUGUCUGUGAGUUGGAAUUAGAGGAGAGCUUUGCUAUCCGACUGCAUCCCUUCAGCAAGGCACUAGGAUCUCAUGGAGCGGUUGUCCUAUGUGACGAAACGAUCAAAGCCAUGCUCCUCAAUUUUGCCCGCUGUCUGAUCUUUUCGACAGCUCCUUCGUUUCCGGCUUUGGCUGCCAUUAAAGGAGGAUACGCCCUCCUCAAAUCCAGCUUAGGUCUAAUGCGGCAAAACUGUAUCCAACCCCUCGUGAGAUACUUCUUCAAAAACAUUCUUGCCCACCCAAAUUACAUCCGUGCAGAGGCAGCCGGGAUUCUCUCUAUCCCACUGGCCAAAGACUGGGAGCAGCGACGGCUCCUCACCCACAUUGUCCCCAUCAAUCACCGCGGGUUUGAGAACCAUCUUCUCUCCGCUCAUUGCCAUUUUGCUGACUUUUGCGUCUGGCCUAUCGACUAUCCAGUUGCUCCAAAGAGCCAGGGAAGAACGCGCGUUAUCUUCCAUGCAGAUAACACGUUUAAGCAGGUCGAGCGCUUGAUUGGGUUGAUUACGGAAUGGGCCGAGCUAAUGCUGAAGAGGGAGGAGCGUGGUGCUGAGCCCCUUAUGGCUACAUCAGAAGGUGUCGAUAUGGAUUGGCUCACUCGAGUAGUUACGACUGCAAGCUCGACUAUGGAUGAGGGUGUCAUCUAUGCGAAGGAAGUGGAAGUUGCUUGA